CCGUGCGUGCAUCCUAUACUCUGCUCGCAUCUAUAUUUCUCCUCAAUGGUCCGCUUGAAUUACUUGGAACUAAAGCAUCAUUACAUGUAACCAAUAAUAUCCGCGGGAGAAAUGUCACUGCCUCGCCUGAGGACCGCCGCCUCCUCUUCGUCGUCUUCCUCCUUCAUCACCUGCACCACUCGACGCCAACAACGCUGUAAACCCCAAACCCGAACAGCAUCAUCUACAACACCCAGCUACAUCCACAGACUUCACAAUCGUUCAAGUCCAUUCUCACACUCACACAAACAUGUCUCGUCCCAAAAAUCACACACCACACCGUUCUCAACAACCUCCCACCACCGCGCCUCCGCCCGCGAACCAACCUACUACGAGCUCCUCGACGUCCCAAUAACCGCCUCACAAGGCGAGAUCAAAAAACAAUUCUACACCCUCUCAAUGCGCCACCACCCAGACCGUAACCGCGACGACCCUACGGCCUCGGCGCGCUUCUCGCGGAUUUCUGCCGCCUACAAUGUCCUCAGUCAGCCGAACAAACGCGCCGCCUACGACCGCGACCACGGGAUCUAUGCCCAGUACCAGAACACCCGGUCCACCGCGACGGCCGGCCAACAUCCCAUGGGCAGCUACAGCAGUCACAGCGCCAACCUCCAUACGAAGGGGACGUCGUAUGCCGGAUCCCGCCCCGCCAGCGGGUUGAGUAAUCGCCGCGGCCAAUUCCGCGGCCCGCCGCCGAGUUUUUAUGCCAAUGGCGGGUAUGGUCGGACGGGGAGGAGUGCGCCAGGCCCGGGUUCUGGGGGUGGUGGUGGCGGCGGCGCUUCUUCGGCGGGUCAGACGUCCGCUGCUAAUGACGAGGAUCCGACUUCGUUCAUUGACAGGAAUCCCAUUCAUCAUUUCAAUGCUAGGGGUCACUAUAAGACGCAAACAGCGGAGGAUGCGCGGCGGAGAGAGCGGAGAGGAAAAGCCAUGGAUGCGCUGAAUGAACAGUACCUGGGGAACCCUUGGGCGACCGCCGUCCGGUUCGUCACCGUCUGUGGGAUCGUGCUUGGAGCGGGUACAAUGGCGGGUUGGGUUCAGUGGCCCAACGAAAAAGCAACAAAACGGAAAGACCCAUAA